CGAAAUUAUCAUUUUUGAGAUACAAUGUUGAUAGUUAGAAAAAAGUUGAGCAGCUAAACAAUGAUUCAAGGAGAAAAAAAAUCAAACAGAUUGCUUUCACCAUCUAUGCUCUUAACCCCUCUAUAUCGUCUGGAAACUUCUGCCCUUUCAAUUUGGAGCUUUGUUCGGAUUCAAGCUUUCCGACGGUAAUUGGACGAUUCCUCCGACGCCCGCCAUCAAGUUGGAUUUAGAGGUUGUGAAAUCCAAGAUCAGUGGUGCCGCAAAGUGGCAUAUGAAGCAGGGCUCUUGUACCUGUAAAAACAGAAUUCGCUUGUCUGGACUCUCCAGGCACAAGUUCGAUUCCUGAGAGAUGGCGGGUGUUGGCGGUGGCGGUGUAGGAGGAGUGAUAUUGGACGAGUGUGUACUUUUUGGAGGUUCCAAUGUCAACUUGCAACCAGACGCCCACUUUCUGCUUCAUAAGCUCCGCCAUUCCAACGUUCCUACGGGAAUUUCUUAUGGAGCAGGUCUUGAAGCUCAUAAGGUUAGUAUUCUCAAAGAAAUUGCGGCGCAAUAUUCCAUCCAUUGCUUCCUCUUAGAUGAAUCCGCAUCCUCUAUAGACGAUGCUAUACGCGAGGUUAUGCUAGCUUGGCCUAAUACCGGAGGCCGGAUUUUGUAUAUAGUAUCCAACAACAAGGAAUACAUGUUUCCUAAACUAAGCAAAUGCGGUUGGCUUAUCACGCUUCUCAAUGUUGAAGGCAGCACCGCAUCCACAUGUGAGAGUUCAAGCAUGGUGUAUAUUAACAAACUACGCGAGUUGCCUUUGACUAUUUGCCAAAUAAAUAGAAAGGCAUUUGGAAACAGCGUUGUGACAGUUGGUUAUAUUAUGAAGCCGUCUCGUGAAGAGGAUUUCGCUAAGAGGGGUGCAUUCCCUAUGUAUCCUACUCAAGAUGGGUUGAUGUUCGUUCCCAUCACAUUUGAUCUCCCUCUAGCUCCUCAAUUACAAGAAGUUGAUGUAGUUCUCCAUAAAGCAACUGAUGAAAUUAUAUCCAUUAAUUUGGAUGGAUCUUUACCAUCUUCUACCAGCAUAACAUACAGCAGGGGAAUGCAGGAAUUGCAAAGAUAUAUGGAACAUCACCUAGACCUCUGUGUGAUUGACCCACUUAGCUCCAUUUAUCCUGUAGUAGAUCGAUUGAAAAUUCAACAGAUUCUACUUGGGUUGGAGGAUCUCAAAACCGCCGGUUGCUGCGCAAUUAGGGGGCCUAAUUUUCUUAAGGUUGAUGAUUUUAACCAGUCUGAUUUGGUUCAAAGCCUAUCUGAAGCCAAGUUAGCUCUUCCAAGUAUAGUAAAACCUCAAGUUGCUUGUGGUGUGGCCGAUGCUCAUAGCAUGGCAAUAGUUUUUAGAGUUGAAGAUUUCAAGGAUUUGACUGUUCCUCUUCCAGCAAUUAUACAGGAAUAUGUGGAUCAUUCAUCAACGCUCUACAAAUUUUACGUGUUGGGUGAGAAAGUUUAUCAUGCAGUUAAGAGCUCUACUCCAAAUGCAGAUGGUUUGAAAAAAUUAUCUAGAAGUACGGAGCUCAAACCUUUAGUCUUUGACAGCUUAAAAUCCUUACCCACUGCAAAAGGGAACCUGAGUUCUGGAGAUGGUAAUAGCUCAAAGGCCACUAUUGAUCUUGAGUUGGUUACUAGUGCAGCUAAUUGGCUUAUGAGAAAUCUUGAGCUGACCAUCUUCGGCUUCGAUGUUGUUAUUGAGGAAGGCACCGGCGACCAUGUCAUUGUCGAUGUAAAUUACCUCCCAUCAUUCAAGGAAGUUCCCAACGAAGUUGCUAUCCCUGCGUUUUGGGGUGCGAUUAAGAAGAAGUUUGAAUUAAAAGGAAGAAAUAAGUAGCGGCUAGUGUAUUGACUCCGCCUCGCCGUGCAAGUAGUUUGUUAAUGAAGAUGAAGUUUGGUCGUGACAACAGUUUAACGGAAGCAAGAGUUGCGUGUACUAGCCUUGAAGGUCAAGAUAACUUGUGUAUUUUUAUUCCAUGCAUUGCUCUCUCUAAGAAGUCGAGGAUUUUUUUCUUUCUCCCUUCUACUUUCUUUGGUCGUUUUAAGAUCAUCUUCGGUUUUGAUGUUGUUGUACCGAACCUUAGCUGGUUAUACCAAUAUGAAUUCUCCGAAGAUUACUUAUUUUGGAA